GGUACAAGAUAAAAUGCAAUAAAUCACAAUUCUAUCUAUAGUUAAAUUUACCAUUUCGCCACAACUACUACUCCAUCAUCAUUGUUUCCCAUUCUCUCUUCCAAUCAUCCCAAAGCACCACCCCCACCAACCUUACCCUAAACAAAUACAAGGAACAAUUUUUUUUUCCCCAAAACAGCAAUUAUAAAAGGCAGAUCCAGAGAAGGAAAAAAAAAAAAAGAUGUAGGAAACAAACAAGGAUGAAGGUAUGAUGUUGCUGUUCACGCAAAAAUGAAGGAGAUGACCUCCAUGGGCAUUGACAUGGAGGAAGAGGACAUGGUUGCUGUUUGCUGUCUCAGGCUGAUGUUGCCACUCGUGUUGCUGCUGUUCAUGCGGAAACUGAGGAGCAGCCUCCGUAGUGGCCACCAUGAAGCAAGAGGAUGUGGUCAUGGUUCGUUGUCGCAGCAUUGCUGCAGAUUGUCUGACUCUGUUCUUCUUCACUAGCUGAUGCUCAUCGUCAUCAGUGGCAGUUUUGGUGGCAUUGAUUUCUUAUGAAGAUGUGGUUGCUGUUUGCCAUUGCAGGGCCAUGUUUCUACUUUUAUUGUUUCUGUUCACAUGGAAACGAAGGAGGAGAUGACCUCCAUGGCUGCAGCCAAGAAGGAAGAGGACCUGGUCACUGUUUGUCAUGGCAGUACAGAUCAUCCCCCACUUAUCUUCAUCACUAUCAUAUACGUUUUCCAAGUCAAUGAAGACCAUAUUUAAAUAUGUCAAGUUGCUUUGCUAUCUCUCCAUUAGUAUUCGUAACAAGUAGAUAGCUUCCAUGGGAGACCUACCAGGCACAAAAUCAAAUCUUUUCUCUAUAUUGAGCCUGCUGCUCCCAAGCUGGGUACAAUGAUGGGUGUAUUCAUUCCAUGCAUACAAAGCAUUUUGGGCAUCAUCUACUACAUUCGUUUCUCUUGGAUUGUUGGAAUGGCUGGCAUAGGAGAGUCAUUUCUGCUUGUUGCUUUGUGUGGCUUGUGUACUUUUCUUACAUCAAUAUCAUUGAGUGCCAUUGCGACUAAUGGUGCUAUGAAGGGAGGGGGGCCAUACUAUCUAAUAGGUCGUGCCCUUGGUCCAGAAGUUGGAGUUAGCAUUGGUAUAUGUUUCUUCCUUGGGAAUGCUGUUGCUGGAGCACUCUACGUAUUGGGAGCUGUGGAAACAUUUUUGAAAGCAGUUCCUAAAGCUGGGAUUUUUAGAGAGACUGUCAGCCAUGUUAAUGGUACUGCAGUGACACCAAUAGAAGCUCCAAGUUCUCAUGAUCUGCAAAUUUAUGGGAUUGUUGUGACCAUUCUUUUAUGCUUUAUUGUAUUUGGAGGAGUAAAGAUGAUAAAUCGGGUUGCACCUGCAUUUCUCGUUCCUGUUUUAUUCUCAGUCAUCUGCAUAUUCUUGGGAAUGUUUGUGGCUAAGAAGGAUAAACCUUCAGAGGGAUUUACUGGUUUGAGUUGGGAGACAAUUAAAGAUAAUUGGAGUUCAGAUUAUCAAAAAACUAAUGAUGCUGGAAUCCCAGAAACUGAUGGCCAUGUAAGCUGGAAUUUCAAUUCAUUAGUAGGCCUCUUUUUCCCAGCUGUGACAGGAAUAAUGGCAGGUUCUAAUAGAUCAGCUUCUCUAAAAGAUACUCAGCAAUCAAUUCCUAUUGGGACAUUAUCUGCAACACUUAUUACUACUUCUCUGUAUUUUAUUUCUGUGUUAUUUUUUGGCGCUGUUGCCACCAGAGAGAAGCUUUUAACAGACAGGCUACUAACGGCUACAGUCGCCUGGCCUUUUCCUUCACUAAUUAAAAUUGGGAUUAUUCUUUCAACUUUGGGUGCUGCUCUUCAGAGUCUGACCGGUGCCCCACGUCUGCUUGCAGCAAUAGCCAAUGAUGAUAUUUUACCUAUUCUGCGCUACUUUAAAGUUGCAGAUGGCAGUGAGCCUUAUGCUGCUACCCUUUUCACUGCUAUCCUAUGUGGUGUGUGUGUCAUUAUUGGGAAUCUGGAUCUUAUCACUCCAACUAUAACUAUGUUUUUCCUUCUAUGUUAUACGGGUGUCAACUUGUCCUGCUUCCUUCUUGAUCUUCUAGAUGCUCCUAGUUGGCGACCUCGUUGGAAAUUUCAUCAUUGGUUUCUCUCUCUUGUUGGAGCAUUACUUUGCAUUGUGAUUAUGUUCCUGAUCUCGUGGCCAUUCACUGUGGUGGCUUUGGCCCUUGCAAGUCUUAUAUAUAAGUAUGUGGGCCUCAAAGGAAAGGCUGGCGACUGGGGAGAUGGUUUCAAAAGUGCAUAUUUCCAACUAGCACUUCGGAGCCUUCGAUCACUAGGAGAAAACCAAGUACACCCAAAGAAUUGGUAUCCAAUUCCACUCGUGUUUUGCCGGCCCUGGGGUCAACUACCAGAAAAUGUUCCAUGUCAUCCCAAACUUGCAGAUUUUGCUAACUGUAUGAAGAAGAAAGGUCGAGGAAUGUCUAUAUUUGUCUCUAUACUGGAUGGAGACUACCAUGAAUGUGCUGAAGAUGCCAAGACUGCUUGUAAACAGCUCAGUACCUACAUUAAUUACAAGAAUUGUGAAGGUGUGGCUGAGAUUGUUGUCGCCCCUAAUAUGUCUGAAGGCUUUCGUGGUAUCGUUCAGACAAUGGGCCUUGGGAAUCUCAAGCCAAACAUUGUGGUGAUGCGCUACCCAGAGAUCUGGCGUCGGGAGAACUUAACAGAAAUCCCCAAGACAUUUGUUGGGAUAAUUAACGACUGCAUUGUUGCAAACAAGGCAGUAGUCAUAGUGAAGGGUCUUGAUGAGUGGCCCAAUGAGUACCAGAAGCAGUACGGCACGAUUGACCUCUACUGGAUUGUGAGAGACGGUGGUCUCAUGCUGCUGCUCUCUCAGCUGCUUCUUACCAAGGACAGCUUUGAGAGUUGCAAAAUUCAGGUUUUCUGCAUUGCAGAAGAGGAUGCAGAUGCAGAAGUGCUGAAAGCUGAUGUGAGAAAAUUCCUUUAUGAUCUUCGGAUGCAAGCAGAAGUCUUUGUCAUUCCCAUUUCUUCACAAGAAAAUGGUGGGUCUCCCCAGGAUGAGUCACAGGAUGCAUUUAAAGGUGCUCAACAAAGAAUUGAUGAUUAUCUAAACAAAAUGAAGGCAGCAGCAAAGAAAGAUGGCACCCCUCUAAUGGCAGAUGGUAAGCGCGCAGUUGUGAAUGAGCAGCAGGUCGAGAAGUUCCUGUUCACAACGCUUAAGCUCAAUUCAAUAAUGUUGAGAUACUCAAGAAUGGCUGCUGUUGUUUUGGUAAGUUUGCCUCCACCUCCACUGAACCACCCAGCAUAUUUCUAUAUGGAGUACAUGGAUAUGUUGCUGGAAAAUAUACCGAGGAUUUUAAUUGUAAGAGGAUACCGUAGAGACGUUGUAACUCUAUUCACAUAGUUUUGAACUGGAUUCUAGGACAUUAAUUACUUCCUUUUCUGUUUAUAAUUUUGUAGUUUACAUGUAGUGUUCAUUCUUUGUACCCAUUUUCUUGCUCAAGAGGAUCUACUGUAUCACCAGAUUAUAAUAGAAAAAUUAAACUGUAUUCAUUUUGGAACAUCGUU